UUCUAUUAAUUCUCGCCUCAAGCAUUUAUACGGCUCGUAUUUGUGAGUGCAGUAUUUGCAAUAUGUGGCUUUGGGUAGGUCUUUAUUUGACAUCGGCAGUGGUCACAGCUCAGAAUACUGUUCUUUCUAGUACAGAAAACAAAUUGCCAACUAAUACCAAAUGUGAUGAAGUGUUACUUAAACUCUGGACGAUAUUUGCUAACCAGUUAUAUAAAGAUGGAGGUGCUGUGAUAGUUCCAAAUCAAGAUCAUAUUAUAUACGCCUUAAAUUUGAUCAAGAAAUCUAUAUUAGGUAAAGAAAAUGGUCAAAAUGGAGAUCUUAAAGAAAAAUUGCUUCUUCGUGAAGCAGAACUAGCGAAAUACAAAGGAGCUUACUUAUACGAUAAUCGGCCAUUACAAGCUUUGCUUGAUGAGCAAUUGAUUAUGAAUGAAAAUCAAAAUGUUGGAGUCCAAUCAUCGCAGUAUACUCUUAAAAAUACUAAUCAAUUAAUUGGGUUAAAUCGUAUCGUGAAAGAUUACACCAGACAUCGUGAUGAAAGCGCUCCCAAUACGAUAGGUGAGAACUCUGACUUAAAUACGAUUGAUUCAAAUAAAAUACUUCACGCAGUUCAGCUCUCGAAGGACACAAAUCAUCUUCUUGGGAGCGAUUAUACAGCUGAUUUAGAUCAUGCUAAGGAGGUUGCUGAUAAAAUGAACAAACUAUAUGAAUCAAGCAAUGAGUAUAAAUAUAAUUUGAAUUCUCACCAACCACUUCGUAAUCUUAAUGAGAAUUAUGUAGCUGCUAGCGUAGGAGUAGUGGAUACUCCAUGGAUGUCAUCUUUUUAUUCUAAGCCUGCUGUCGUGCAAGCAAAUUAUGUGGCACAAAGCCACUCACAUACAAAUAACAUCAAUCAAGAUCGCGACAUAUACCAGCCAAAUACUUUGCAUAAUAUACCGACACAAGGCAUGCACAAUAACGCUGUUAACCAAUCCUAUACAUUAAUCACGAAUGCAGUGCAAUCGAAUGAAAAUGGAUUUAUAAACGCUAUAUCAAAACCAGAAUAUACAAAUCAAUUUAACACAUUUGUCAAUGCUAAAUACCACCCUAAUACUGCUCAUUAUGGUGAAGCAAAGCAAGAAGUAUUACCAAGUAAUCCUCCGAUAACUAGUAACGCAUAUGCCCAAGCGCUUGUUGGCCCUAUGCUAAAAUAUAACAUGUAUAAACACCCUUAUUACCAAAAUAAAAAAGUUGGACAAAUCCUGCAAUAUACAGCUCAAAAUAUGGCUCAAUCUCCAAACGUAAUUCCAAUAAAAACAAAUGUAAAUCAACAGCCGUAUGUACCGAAUAAUCGUUUAAAUUACAAUGUUUACUCUUUACAAAACCCUUACUCCUGGAAAUACUCUAAUUAUCUUCAAAGUAAUGCAUAUAAACAAAGUCAGACUCAACCCUACAUUUAUAUGCCCUAUACUAACAAAUAUAACCCAGUAGUUGCACUAAGGCCAAAUAAUGCAAACGUGAAUAAAGUAUUUCAACAACCAGGUAUGAAUACACAGAAUAGUAUCUACACAAUGCAAAACUACUUAAAUCAGAACUAUUAUCCCAACACUGCAUUAAAUAAAAGAAUCAUACAUGGCAUCCCACACCCUCAAACUGUUAAUGUAAACGCAGUUAAUAGACCUUCACCACCCUACACGUAUAUCACAAGGUAUUUUAAUAAUAAUAACAGACCUUUCACACAACAAACUUUAAAUUACUACAACGAUCAAAUGGUUAUCGAUAAGCUAGCAAAUUGGAUUAGUGGAACGAAUUCAGUGAAAUUGAAUUCAAAUAUCGACACUGAAGCUGAGAUAGAACUGACGUAUAGAGUGAAUAAUCCACCUCCUUUAUACCGUCCAUCGGCUUUCUACGUUAAAUUCCGAAUGCCAUACAAUCAAUUUGCUAAACACUUAGCUGAUUUAUUGAAGAUGCAGGAGAAUCCAAGAUCAGCUUCAUCAAACACAGAUCUGUACAAUGAUUUGGCGUCACAAUACAAUGCUACAGUAAUACCAACAGAUAUGGCAGGAAUUCCCGAAGAUAUAAAAAGUCCAGAGGAAAAGUUUUUAGUUAGAGCGAGAUACAUCCAACCGGACGAAUCAGGGAGUGAGGAUUCAAACUCUGUAGAUAUUAUUAAUUUGGUUAGAGAUGCAGAAUCGAACAAUGCAGAUGUUGAGAAUCCAGUUGACAAUGUAGAAAGCAAUGACCAAACGCCAUUGCAAGGUGUGCAAUAGAGCCAAUUAUGCAGA